ACAAAAGUAGACAGGAAAAAGUUGAAAACUCUCACAGAAAACGGAAACAACUCUCAUCAAACAAAAUGGAUCCCGAGCAAGCAUUCCUCACUCAAAGGAACCUGGUGGCGGAUACCAUGAAGUAUCUAGACGACAUGGCCAAUGCCAAUAAACAGGCAGAACGCGGUAAAGAUACCAAGGACCAGGAGGUGGACAUUUCCGAUGGAGUGACCGACGACAACUAUUUGGUGUCGGGCCGCGCCCAGCGCCCCCAAAGAUCCCAACAGCGUUCCACUAAAAAGAUACACAAGACCUUGAAUCUCAAUCAGAUGUCCUUUAUGCGGCAGAUUGAUGUGACGCGCGAGGAGCGGCUGGCGGCGCGUGAGGAACGACAUUUGGUGGCUGAGAAUUUUCGCAGAAUGGGCAACGACGAGUACCGCAAGUGCAACUUCGACAAGGCCAUAUAUUUUUACACCAAGGGUCUGCAGUAUGUGACCGAUACCCCAGUGCUCUAUUGCAAUCGUGCCCUGGCCAAGAUCAAAAAAAGGGAAUUCAAGGCUGCCCUCCUCGAUCUGGAUACGGUGGUCUUUAAGCUGGAUCCUCGCCAUAUGAGGGGCUGGCUCUACAGGGCUGGCGCCCUGGCGCGCCUCAACAACGAACUCGAGUCCCAGGUGGCCAUCCGCAAUGCGUUUAUCUUCAACAGGGAUCCCAAGGAUCAGCGCUACAUUCAAAUGUUUGUGGAAAAAAUGCGCUCCGAGUUUUAGAAAAAUUUUUACUCUUUUUUUUAUUGUUUAUUUUUGAUUUUUAAUUGUAUUUUGUUGGUUUUUUUUGGUAGGGGAAAUUCGCUGUUAAAAAAAAAGGGAAUACCGUAUUCAAUCAAAUGCCAA